AUGGCGCACCAAGCGCACAAUAUCCCAUGGGCCUUGCUCGCCUCAAAUUUAGAAUGGAAGACCCCGACGUCCUUAAACAACAUCGCCACAAAUCUCUACCCGCGCAUGAAACCCGAUCAGGCGAAGGACUUGACACACUUUGUCAAUGCCUUUGUGAAAACUCUCGACGAGCAUUCAGUCUGCGAGCGAAAGAAGUAUCCGGAGCACUACGAUAUUCCCGAGUCAUCGGAUGUGAUACUCGAUGAAGCUAUUGUUCGCAAGAUAUCACCUACAGUCCGUCGAUGGCGCGGUAACUGGCCCCGCAACUGGCCCCGAGCCAACACUUGUCCUUCAGGUAAAUGCAAAGCAUUUGAAGUUGUGGGAAAGAAUCCCAGAUGGACACAUUUGUGCGAUGAAUGCGCAUGUGUAGUCAUCCCUCAAGAAGAAAGAGUUAUGUCGGCGUUUCUUCGAAACCCCCGUGUUGAGAUUGAUUGGCGUUCUAGUGGUGAUGACUCAAACGAUGAGGCAAUAUUCAAUAAUAAUUUCGUACUCACGCUCCUUCUAUAUGGGGAGAUGGAACCGAUAUUGCGUGUUUGCGCCCAUCCGGAAAAUUAUCUGAGGUUCUGGCAUGACGGAUCAUAUUUCGAAGGUCCCCACGAUCUUGGAUGGGAGGAAUUAUGUCGGCAGAUGCUCUCGGUCUAUGUCUCCCUUAAUGUAGCAUACUGCUUCCCCGAAACAUGGGAUUCUGCAUCUGGCAGAACCGAAGAAAAGGACUAUCGCAAUGCCAGGUUCUACCAGCAGACACUUAUUGAGUCUGCUUCGUCGUCUGAGGUAGACGAGCUCCGGUCGAUUUUAUGCUCGAAGGGUCUUCCCAUGGAGUUGGCACUGGAAAUCAUGAAGUUCGCAGACUACAAAACACCGAAGAGCAAACUCGAUCCACCACAUGAUCCGCUACACCCAGCGAACCGAGAGGCUCUCGGGCAGUAUCUCAAGUACUGUUGGAAAACCCUAGUGUUAUAUUAUACCAUGGCGACGGAGAUUGGUAUGGACCCGCUCGACCGGAUGAACCAAAGUGAUAGGAGCAACAAGUUCAAUUGGAAGAAUCUUGUCGGGGAUGCCAUCAUUGACCUAUUUGAUCACCGCAAGGAUCGACACUAUGAUUGGCGGUAUGAAUAUCUCACUAGGAGCCUUAGCAUGAAGUAG